CGGAAGAACUGAUCAUUCGGUUUAAACGUCUCGCACAUGUUCCGUGUUUAUAGCUGUCAUUCUUUCAGACACGAUGGAAGUCCCUGUUUUUCAUCAGAUUGCCAUGAAACCCGAGGUGCGAGAACAUCUUCGGCACGUUUACACCAACAAUGAGGUGGUGUGUGAGGUUGGUAUGGAUGAAGCAGAACGGGCGUUUGAAGCUCUGCUGUCCUGUCUCUCUCAUCCACCCUUGUUCACCUGUGUGAGGGCCAGCACACACCUGCACACACUACAAGACAUUCAGCACAGACUCCAACAACAUGUUACUCAGAUCAGUGCUCAUGAAGGCAGUGGAUUUCCUGUAGCCAUUCACACACAUCCACAACUCCCAGAUGUUCUGCUGCUACCAGUCCAUGGCCCGAGGUGUGUGGAUUUGUUGGGUUCUGAGGUGAUUGUUGGUGCUCAGUGUGGUAAUGCUGUCCUCAGAGGAGCUCAUGUCUUCAGCCCGGGUGUCCUGAGCACACCGAAGUUUCUGAAAUCUGGUGACGUGGUGUCUGUUUGGUCGGACAUUGAGGGGAAAUGCACACGAGGAGCCAAAGAGUUUCAUUGCAAGAAGGUGUUUGUGGGUAAUGGGGUUUCUCAGGUGGAUCGCUCGGAGAUCUUCUGCUCAGAUGGACCAGUCAAGGGUCUUGCGAUUCGAAUGACGGAGCCACUUUAUCAAAGUCUUUCCUUUGACGGAGUUCUUACGGAUGAACUGUUCCUCCAGAAUCUGCCGUCAGUGGUUGUGGGACAUGUUUUAGGAGCUCAUCCUGGUGAACGGAUCCUGGACAUGUGUGCAGCUCCUGGAGGAAAGACCACACACAUCGCCGCUCUUAUGAAGAACCAGGGAACCGUAGUGGCGUUGGAAAAGAUCCGAUCCAAAAUGGAAAAGAUCAUUCAGAACGCAAAGUCUCUGAAGUUAGAUUGUAUUCAAGCAUACUGCUGUAACAGUGUACAUGCUGUGACCUCUGACCCUGCUCAGGGAAACGGUGCAGACGGUCCCCCUUACCCUGAGGAGAGCUUUGACCGGAUAUUGUUAGACGCUCCCUGCAGUGGUCUGGGUCAAAGGCCAAACAUGACCUACAGCUGGAGUCUGAAAGAAGUGUGUUCAUAUCAACCUCUACAGAGAAAACUCUUCACUACGGCUGUGCGUUUGUUAAAGAAGGGAGGUGUGUUGGUGUACAGCACCUGCACUGUGACACUGGCGGAGAAUGAAGAGCAGGUCUCCUGGGCUCUCAAGACGUUCCCCUGUUUAACUCUCCAACCACAGGUGCCCCAUUUAGGAUCGGAGGGCCUGCCCGGUGCCGGUCUGUCACAUGACCGACGGCGGCUGUUGCAGAGGUUUCGUCCAGAAUUAGUAUGGGGACGAGCUAGUCAGUCAAAUUCCCCUGAGACACACGACCAGCUCGCCAACAACGACACCAUCGGCUUCUUCAUCGCCAAGUUCAUCAAACGAUAAUAAACACACACACACUCCUUACUUACAGUCUUCUCAAACAAACGUGUUUGCUGCAUGUGUGGAGGAAAGAAAUAUAGCUGGAGACAGAGAGCGACGCUGGCGCCUUAUGCAUGCCGUCUUCCAUUACCAUGACAACAGAGACGACAGCUGCCAUGGCGACCAUAAAUGUGCAUGGUUGAUUGGCUUGAAAGCAGGAAGUGUUUGAGAAUACAACAGUAUUUACAGUCAGCUGCCUCACACACACACGGAAGGAAGAGUUUUAACGUGCGAUGUUUUGUAUGCGCAUUAAACUUUGACACUGUAAAUUAGACGAAUUAUCAAUUUUAACAUGCACAAAAAAAAUAAAGGUAGAUAAUAUUCUGGGAGCCUCAAGAAUGAUUCUUUUCCCACAUGCAAUAGAAGAAUUACUGUGAUAUUAUGGUUUAUGAUGAUUUGCACAGCAUAGACGGUGAUUCGACACAUUGUAAUGCACUUAAAGUGAUAGUGCACCUUAAAAUGAAAAUUCUGUCACCCUCGUGUUGUUCCAAACCUAUAUGACUUUAGUUCUAAAACAUGAGGCAGUGCAAGAGAAACAACCCAGAACACUUUUUGUAAAUGACAAGUAAAUAACACAAACUCAAUGAUGACUCAAAUGGCACAGAUUGAAACUCACAAACUUUUUAGUCAUUGUUGUGUUUGCAUGUGUAAUUAGUUCUUCUGUACAAUUUUAUGCUUUAUUUGUUUGAUAAGGCUUUUAGAGACAUUGAGACAUUUUUGGACACAAUGGUAAAUUGUUUUUGUAAUGCUAUAACUUUUGAUUACCUUGUCGGAUCAACAUUAAAUGUUUCUCAAAUACAGAUGGCGUGAUUGGGAACAAAACAAAAAAACACCCAGAGAUAUAAAUGUCCAUUGAGAGAAAAGUAAGUUUUUAUAAUCUCCAAUUCAUCAUUUGCUUUCAUUUUUUGAAUAAAUAAAUGCAUGGUUACUGAGGCUAACAUUGUGCCUAACAUCUAACAUGCCAUUUGAAAAAAUAAAGAAAU